AUGACCGAGAAUGUCGUGGUCACUACCGCAGUGCCCAAGACGGAGGACGAGGUGGUACAGGAGGCCGCCGACUGGGAAGAGCUUCGGCGGCGGGAGCGACAGCACUUCGAGGAUGCCGCCAAGGUUGCCGAUGUGAAGAACUUCUUAGAGAGGCUGUGCCUCGCAAUGCCUUUGCCAAAUGGCUUCGGCUGCGCCCUGUACAGAAGGGGCCUUGCACGAUCGCAGGCCACGUCCCCUCGCAUGGAGGAAUCACAGGAAGCGCUGAGUCAGACCUACGCGAGGGCUUUUGGCAGCUUGCCCCUGUGCAAUGCCCCGCGCGGCGAGCGCCGCCCCGCGGAGAGCGCUGCACUGACGCAGGCGAGGGCCAAAGACGAGCCCAUUCCCUACGGCCCUGGGAUACUCUGCGCCCCUGACAGCCGCGCGGCGUCGGCGAAGCCCUUGGAGCGGGCGGACAGCAAUGCGAGGAGAGGACUGCCGAAUGGCGUCAAGUGGAUCGGCGGUUUGAAAGAGGUGGUUGACAGCUACGAUGCCUUCAUUUUCGACCUGUGGGGCGUCGUGCACAAUGGCAAAGUCGCCUUCCCCUGGGCCGCAGAGACGCUGCGCGAGCUCAGGGAGCUGAAGAAGCCGGUGCUGUUCCUUUCGAACUCAUCUCGCCGAAGAGAGACGAACAGUGCUGCUUUGCAGCGCUUGGGCAUAGGCUCGGAGCUCUACGUGGACCUCAUCACCAGCGGUGAGGUCAGUUGGCAGAUCCUGGCAGGUGCUCCAGAAGCAGGGGCGCUGGAGAUCCCGCCGGCUGUCUGCGACGCCAAGUCCAUCCUCACCUUCGGCAACGGAGAAGACGAUGCAAAGUACCUAGAAGGAUUCUUGCCGCAGCGAGUUCAAGCUGACGCCGAGGAGGCAGAACUGCUACUGGCCCGGGGCUGCUUUGCGCUUUGCGAUGGUGCGGAGGCGCGAGCCUGCCAGAUGGAGGACUUUGACGCGCCGCUGAAGGCGGCAGCAGCUCGAAAGGUCCCAAUGCUGGUGGCCAACCCCGACGUCGUGCGCCCUGACGGUGUGGCGAGCCCCAUGCCUGGAAGGCUCGCUCGCCGCUACAAGGAGCUGGGGGGGCCGGACGCCUUUUUCGUCGGAAAGCCCUACCCGGCAGUGUUUGACCUGGCGCUGCAAAGGCUUCAAGAGGAAGGCGUUCCGGCGAGCGCCCGAAUUUGCAUGGUCGGUGAUUCGGUCUGGCACGAUGUGAGAGGUGCCCGUGCUUACGGGCUGGAUGUAGUGCUCCUAUGCAGUGGCGUCCACAGCCAGGCGUUGGGCAUUGAGCAGGCCCCGGCCGAGCCAAGACGCCCUUCCUCGGAGCGACUGCAGGGCUUCCUGGGCGCGCUUGCGGCUGAGGAGUGCCCAACGUACAUCACGGAGGCACUCACCUGGGGUACGCACCAGGAAGCGGCAGCUGCUGGUGAAGUUGUGCUUUGCGGCCUGGCAUGCAUGGACAUUGCCCAGCAGCUGGACUCCUUUCCCGAAGCGGAUGCCAAGGUGCGCGCCCUCCAGACCGCCUGGCGUGGCGGGGGCAACGCGGCGAACACCGCCGCGGCCCUGGCGAAGCUUGGCAGCCGGCCUCGCCUCCUGUCAAAGGUGGGAGAUGAUGCGCUGGGGAAUUCCAUCGUGGAGGGCCUAGAGGACCAGGGCGUCGACACGAGCUUCGCCCUGCGGGCGAAGGGCCAGUCGUCAACCUUCAGCACCGUGCUCGUGGACGCAUCCGGCGGAACGAGGACGUGCGUGAACUCGCCGAUGAAAGAGGACAUGUCGAGGCAGGACAUGGAGCAGCUGCUUGCGGACGAGGCGGUCUCCUUCCGGGACGCAAAGUUGAUCCACCUCGAUGGGCGGCAUCCAGAGGCAUCCCUCGUCCUGGUGGAUGCUGCUCUGAGCUCCCGAGGGGACGGAGCGCAGCCCUUCAUCACCUUGGAUGCCGAGCGUCCACGUGAAGGCUUGGAGCCUUUGCUCCAGCGAUGCGACGGACUGUUCUGCAGCGCCUCGUUCCCGAGCGCUUGGACCGGCAAGUCUGGCCUCCCCUCAGCGCUCGCGAGCCUUCUGCAAGAUACCGCCACGAACGCGAGCUUCGCAUUGGCCACCCGCGGCGAGCGGGGAGCGCUACUGCUUGCAAGGCCGGAUGCCUUCACGAGAUCUGGGAUUGAGGAGCUCAAGGGAUUGGGUGCGCCUGUGGUCUGCUGUGCUGGCUCCCUCGACGGCUUCCUGACCCUGGCCUGCGAUGCGUGGCCGCUCGGGGCAGAUGAGGCCAUUGCGGAUACAACGGGCGCUGGCGAUGUUUACAUUGCAGGCUUCCUCCAUGCCUGGCUCGCAGGGCGGCCCCCAGCCGUGGCCAUGGCCCUGGGUGCCUGGGUGGCCACGCAAAAGCUGAAGACUCUGGGUGCCAGGCUUGGCGCGGACUUCGAUGCCUCGAAGAUGCCCCUUUGA